AUGAGUUCUUCUCCUUCUUUGUCACCUCCUUUCUCAUCUUCAGCAAAGAGAGCAGGGCGAGAACAACAACAGCAACAGCAUCAGCAACAACGUUAUCGCUCUGCUUCCUCUGUCGGUGCAAUUCCAGUUGGAGAUACAUCACCUUCAUUGUCUACCAUGGCGACCUCAAAGGCAUCGAGAAGAAAAUCAAACGCUCGAAGAGCCGAGUUGAAACGUGAAACCAAGUCAGAUUGGGCUAUUGCAAACCACCUUGUGAUUGGUUUCAGGGAAUUGAUUUAUAGACAAACAUGGAUUGUCCCCUUCUUAGUAUUGGUGGCUGCAUUUGGAACAUUCUUUCUCUCUAGUCCAAGUGGGAAGAUCCACAAGUUUUUGGAAGAUAUGAUUGUACCUUCAUAUCAUAUCCCUGGUACUGAUCAAUAUGGAAAAGGUGCCAAUGAUUUCAAAUUUGUUGGAUUCUAUGCAAUUUUCUUCACCUUUUUAAGAGAGUUUAUGAUGUGUUGUGUUUUGAGACCAAUUAGCGUUUAUCUCGGUGUAACUAAAGAAAGCAAGCAAAGGAGAUUUUUGGAACAAACUUAUGCAAUGUUUUACUAUGGAAUCAGUGGUCCAAUGGGGUUAUGGAUUAUGUCGAGGACUCCAUUAUGGUUUUUCGAAACUACCCCAAUGUAUCUUGAAUAUCCCCACAAGACCCAUGAAAUUUACUUUAAAGUGUUUUACUUGGGACAAGCAGCAUUCUGGGUACAGCAAUCGGUCAUCCUUGUUUUGCAAGUGGAAAAACCAAGAAAAGAUUUCUUUGAAUUGGUUUUACAUCAUAUAAUUACCAUUGCUUUGAUUUGGUGUUCGUACAGAUUUCACUUCACGUGGAUCGGUAUUGAAGUUUUCAUUACCAUGGAUGUAUCUGAUUUCUGGUUGGCUUUAUCUAAAACAUUAAACUAUUUGGAUUCAAAAUUGACGGGCCCAAUGUUUGUUUGGUUUAUUGCCGUUUGGAUCUACUUGAGACAUUACAUCAACUUGAGAAUCUUGUGGUCAGUUUUAACUGAAUUCAGAACCGUUGGUGAGUGGGAAUUGAAUUGGGAAACUCAGCAAUACAAGUGUUAUAUUUCACAACCAAUUACAUUCUUUUUGAUCUUUGCCUUACAAUUGGUUAAUGUUUAUUGGUUAUUCUUAAUUUUGAGAAUUUUGUCAAGAUACAUUUUCUCUGGUGAACAAAAGGAUGAAAGAAGUGAAGAUGAAGAAGAAGAAGAAGAUAGUGGUAAUAGCGAAGAAGAGAAGAAGGAAGAAUAG